AGAAUGGAGAUCUCUUCUCAUCAGUCUCACCUCCUGCAACAACUAAAUGAGCAGCGCAGGCAAGAUGUAUUUUGUGACUGCAGUAUUCUAGUGGAAGGGAAGAUCUUCAAAGCACAUCGGAAUGUAUUAUUUGCGAGUAGUGGCUACUUUAAAAUGCUUCUUUCUCAGAAUUCAAAGGAGAUAAGUCAGCCAACCACCGCUACCUUUCAGGCUUUCUCCCCUGACACUUUCACUGUUAUUCUGGAUUUCGUCUAUUCAGGAAAGCUGUCGCUUACUGGUCAGAAUGUCAUAGAAGUGAUGUCAGCUGCUAGCUUCCUUCAGAUGACUGACGUCAUUAGUGUGUGCAAGACUUUCAUCAAAUCUUCAUUAGACAUUAGUGAGAAAGAGAAAGAUCGCUAUUUCAGUCUUUCAGAUAAAGAUGCCAGUUCUAAUGGUAUAGAACGUUCUUUUUAUAGUGGUAGCUGGCAAGAAGGAAAUCGUUCUCCACAUGCUCACCUAAGCCCAGAUCAAGGAACAGGAGUAAUAGGUGGAAAGUCUUGGAGUAAAUACAAUUACCAUUCAGCCUCCCAAAGGAAUGCUCAACAACCUUUGGCCAAGAAUGAACAAAAGAAAGAGUCUAUGAAAAAGUCCAAACAUUUGAAGGUGUCACAGCCUUCUGAAGUUGUUCAUUAUAAGUCAAGCAAACGAGAAGCACGGAUAUCUGAUUCUUCCAGCCACGCUUCCCAGUCUGGAGAGCAAGCACAAGUUGAUACUGAAAUGGACUCCUCUCCUGCUGGCUACCAAUAUGCUCAAGGAGCUGAUGUCACAUCAAGAAGUUUUCCAGAUGAUCUGCCCAGGAUGCGAUUCAAGUGCCCAUACUGCACCCAUGUGGUAAAGCGGAAAGCCGACCUAAAGCGCCACCUUCGUUGUCACACAGGAGAAAGGCCUUAUCCAUGCCAAGCUUGUGGGAAAAGAUUCAGCAGGCUAGACCAUCUAAGCAGCCAUUUUCGAACAAUUCACCAGGCAUGCAAACUAAUCUGCAGAAAAUGCAAACGCCACGUGACUGACGUGACAGGACAAGUGGUACAGGAAGGAACCAGGCGUUACAGACUCUGUAAUGAGUGCCUUGCUGAGGUUGGCAUAGAUAGCCUCCCCAUGGAUUUGGAAGAACAACAUCUGAUGUCCCCAUCAGAAGAAAGUAAGGAUUCCAGAUGGCACUUGAGUGAAGAAGAGAAUAGAUCCUAUGUGGAGAUUGUAGAGGAUGGAUCUGCUGAUCUGGUCAUACAGCAGGUUGAUGACAGUGACGAAGAAGAAGAGAAAGAAGUCAAGCCCAACAUUAGGUAGCUGUAAAGUGAACUGACAAAGCUGGCAUGUCUUCGGUUUAUGUUGACUUCCUGUCUCUCUCUCUUAACAUGGUCAGAUUCUGGUUAAGGAAUUUAUGAUAUUGACUUAAAAGAAAAGACCUAACAUAACUUGCAUGCUUUUCUGAACAGGAUAUUGGGUCCAUUCUGAACUUUGUUGCCCUAAAAUAUGUUGCUGCACUGGAAAGAAAGACCUAGCUUGAGUUGGCAUGAUGGAUGAACAAUUCAUCCUAUAACUUUUAUUACAGAGAUACUUUUUUUUCUCAUAAUGAUAGAAGAUCUAUUUAUCAAUUUUUUUCCAAAGCAAAUAUUUUAAAUAAAUUUACCACAGCCAAACUUUA